AUGACUACUACGAUGGACAUCGAUACAUGUUAUAAACAAAUUCCUUCAAUAGAUAUCACACUUACAAGAAUUUGUAGGAAUAUUUUACCUAAAAUUCAUGAUAAAGUACAGAAACUUACAGUUGAUCAAAGUUCAAUGAUUCCUGUUCUUCAUGCUGCUAAUUAUCCUCAACUUUAUUCAUUGACAAUUGUAGACAUUCAAGAAGAAUUUCUUCGUGACUGUUUAUCAAACGAUGUCGUUCUUCGCGAUCUUCUCAUUAAACAAAUAACUCAUCUUAAUAUCGAUAUUAAAUGUCGGAUGUCACUCAUUACAAAGGCUGCAUUAGAAAAACAUCUUUCGACAUUGAAAUAUUUUUCUCUCUGUGGAAGUCUUUAUAUUCCUACACGUCUUUAUGAUCCAGUUAUUGUUCCAUUACUUUCUAGAAUGAUAAAUCUUGAAAAAUUAAAGUUAUGUCUGCGAGUUGUCAGAUUGAACUCGAAUUAUAUUGAUGGUAAUCAAUUAUAUGAUCAAUUUUUAUGUUCAAUGCCGAAAUUGAAAAGAUUUACAUUUGAUAUCAAGACAACAGUUCAGAAUCAAAACGCUGACAUUGAACUUUCAUCACAUGAACAGAUUCAACGUAGUUUUGUAGGAAAGUUUCCUCAACAGGUGUUUGCAAAAACAUUAUUUCCAUUAAAUGAUUCAACAGUGCGCGGACAAGUAAUUAAUCCCCAAGAAGUUGAUUUAAUAUGUAAAAAUCUUGGUCAAUAUCUUUAUCUUAGUUUAAUAGUUUUUUUUAAUCUAUAA